GGGCUAUAAAAAAAGAUUCUCACUAAGAGAAAUGGAAGUUUAAACUAAAUUAUAUCCAAAUUUGGAAAGGGGUCAUUCUUUUUUAAACAGACUAAAAAAAAAAUAGGUUCACAUAAAUUGAAACGGAGGGAGUAGUAACAAUGUCAAUAUGCAAGUCUGGACUUCUCAAGAAUGCAUAAGAUCUGGACUUCUCAAGAAUGCAUAAAGGACAAGUAGUAUGGAGUACAAAAACCAGGAGUCAACAUUCGACAAGUUUAUAUUGUGAAGCAAAAAGUUUGGAAGUGUUGUUGCACACAUGCAGUUUUUUGUAUUUGAUGUUUGUACUAAUGGAUGUCUUUCUGUCUCUUGAUUCGAACCUGCCGCUAGAAUAAACUCCAAUGUUUUCUUUUCUUAGUUGCAGGUGCAAUUAAUUUGUCUUCAAUCAAAUUACAAAUUUGUGAUCAUGGGCUUGCUUUUUAUUACUGUAGGAAGUACUGUGCCUGGUAAUGCAAAGACAUUUCAGCAUGUCUGCUGAUCCUGCUUUGGUGGAUGAGGAUGCUUCUUCAGGCUCAGGGGAGGACUUAAACAUGUUAGAUGGACACAGUAAGCAUCAAACUGUAACACCAAAUUCUGGGGGUCGUCGCAAGAGAAGUCGCAAGGCAACUGGUGAUGCUAUAGUUGAUGCAAUGCUGGAAAUCGCAGCAGCUUCGAAGAUGAGAGCAGCUGCCAUUAUGAGGAAUGAAGAGCGCUUUGCUAUAAGUAAAUGCAUAAAAGUAUUAGAUGAAAUGCAAGGUGUUGAUCAGAGUAUCUACUUUUUUGCAUUGGAUUUAUUUGAGAAUCCAAAUGCCAGAGAAACUUUUAUCUCUCUUAAGAGUGAGAGGCGCUUGACAUGGUUGCAGUGUAAGUUUAACACUUCACCAAAUGCAGCUAACGGAUGAAAUUAAGAAUCCUGUUACAAUUCUCGACUUUCAUAUAGGGGGUUUUGGUAGGACUUUGACUGUAUAUUACUAGUAGUUUUUGACAUUUAUAUAUUACUGGGAGUGGCUGGAUGCGUAGUUUAAUUCGUAAAUUGUUGCCGGCUGUUGAUUUUGACUUGUUUGGUUGUGCAAGGCUACUUGCAAGCUUUAAACUUUAUCCUAAUAUUUCAGUUGGUGAAAUGUGACAUCAUUUAGGACCUUCUAUUAAUACUUGAGAAAAUCAAUACUGGAGAUUUUUCCAUCAAGCAUGGAUGAUUUUGAUGUAUAAGUAGAUGAAGUGGAGUUGUUUGCAGCUGUC